AUGGCUCCCAAUGUGUGUAUAACGGAUGGAGCAGCACUUAAAGAAAUAAAUUAUUCUUACUAUAUUAAAACAUAUAAUCUUGACCAAAAGUUAGAAAUGUAUUUCAGUUUAUGUAAACUAGUACUUCAAGCAAGAGUUUAUACUGAAGAACAUUUUACAUGGCUACAUUUAUUAAAACAAAGAGAAUCAUCAUUAGUGGAAGAAAAAUCCAUGUUUCUCGAUAAAUAUAUAGAAUUUUCAUCAGCAUUUGCACCAUUUCCAAUCGAUGUAUCAUCUUUUAUUUAUAUUGUACAACGUAUAAAAUGUCCAUUGCAAAAACGUAUGUCUAAUGUAACAUCUACUAAAAAAUUAUUAAAACUAUUUGAUGUAUUAAACACAAUGAAUGAUCUGUGGGAAACAGUUGAUCCGUCAAUAAUAAAUAACGAUUGGAUUAUAAACUAUGUUUUCAAAUCACCCACUGAAAUGAUGGAAGUAUCGUAUAAUCUAUAUCAAAAUCGAAAAUUAAUUGAUAAAUGUCAACAAUUCAUUGAUUAUCUAUUUAUGUGA